UAAAAAAAAAAAAAAAAAAAUCCCUACGAGCUUUUCGUGCUGUAAUCGUUUGAAGGCAUGGCGGAAAGCGAGGUGGACACGCCGAGCACCCCGAUUGAAUACGAGAGCAAAUACUUCGAGUAUCAUGGAGUUCGACUCCCUCCUUUCUGCAGGGGCAAGAUGGACGAGAUCGCCAACUUUUCGUUAAGAAGUAGCGACAUAUGGAUCGUUACAUACCCCAAAUCAGGUACGAGUUUGUUACAGGAGGUGGUGUAUCUGGUGAGCCAGGGUGCGGACCCAGAUGAAAUCGGCCUCAUGAAUAUUGAUGAGCAGCUUCCUGUGCUGGAAUACCCACAGCCGGGGUUGGAGAUUAUCCAGGAACUGACGUCGCCUCGUCUGAUCAAAAGUCACCUGCCGUACCGAUUCCUGCCCACAGCCAUGCACAAUGGAGAAGGCAAGGUGAUAUAUAUGGCCAGGAACCCUAAAGACCUGGUGGUGUCCUACUAUCAGUUUCAUCGCUCUUUACGAACCAUGAGCUACCGGGGAACGUUCCAGGAGUUCUGCAGGCGAUUCAUGAACGACAAGUUGGGAUACGGUUCCUGGUUUGAGCAUGUUCAGGAGUUCUGGGAGCAUCGCAUGGACUCUAAUGUUCUGUUUUUGAAAUAUGAGGACAUGUACAAGGAUCUGGGGACCCUGGUGGAGCAGCUGGCUCGAUUCCUGGGUAUCGCGUGUGAUAAAGCCCAGCGGGAGAGCAUGGUGGAGAGCUGUAACCAACUCAUUGAGCAGUGCUGCAACUCCGAGGCCCUGUCCAUCUACAGGGGUCGUUUUGGGCUUUGGAAGGACGUUUUCACUGUGUCCAUGAACGAAAAGUUUGAUGGUGUUUACCGACAGAAGAUGGCAAAGUCUGACCUGACCUUUGACUUUAACCUGUGAGGAAGCGACACUGGACUUUCUGUUAACCGCUCAAACAACAAACCAACCAACCAACCAAUCACCUGCUGUGCUUAAUGUCACCUGAUGGACGUUCCCCAUCCAGAUUUUAUCUUUCCAUCCCCGCCAUCUCUUGCUCAUCAAUGCUUUCAUUAGCUACUCGAAAGUUAAUUCUUAGUACAGUUAACUAAGAGGCUUUUUUUUUUCUCUUGUGUAUUUGUAUUAACAUUGCAUAAGUGUAAGCACAGUGCUUGUUGCGUUUGCACAUUGUACAGAGCUAUUCCAUAUCCCAAAGGCGCUUAUGAAAUGUGUAUUUAUUAAAAAUUACAAAUGAAAAUGAUUUAGACUAUAUUCUAUGCUAAAGCCCUUACGACAAACUCUCAGGAGGAUUCUUGAAAUCAUUGGCUAAUAGAUGCACCAAAUAUGCAGUCAUCCAAUCACAACUCAGGUCGUGAAAACCUGAGCCUCAUGAUGAAUGCUGAUUGGCUCCUGGCCAAAAGAUCUUAACGUAUGUGUGAAAUGUCAUUUCGCUGCUUCUUGUGCACCUCUCUUAGUGGCUUCUAGACGGCUUUGACUUAUAUGGUAUGUAUAGUAUGGCUAUUCAUUGAUACCGUAAUGAAAAGUAAUUCACAUUGUUGUUAUGUUCACUUGAUUAUAUCUAUAUUUUCAUUUUUGAGAGCAUCGCAUCUAUUUGCAUGAUCCCCCAGGAUCAUUCACAUGAACAUACAC